UACCCACUGCGGGGUUUCAUGUUUCCCACACACCCUAGAGGCAGCAACAGAUUCCAACGUCCAUAAUAGUGACGUUUACAAUCGUGAUGGCGGUAGCUGCGACUAGUUUGAAUUCCGUCCUAAUUUUUGGAGUUUACUUUGCGUCUCAUCUGUAAAAUGUCAUGUUAUAGUGGUGAGAGCACAUAAUAAGUGACCCGUAAUUAUGGAUUCUGUUGUGGGUGACGACCUGACGCUACCCGUUGACAUCAAUGGAAGAAAUGGGAAAAGAGCGUGAUUCUGCUGCAGACUGCCAGACUCCAUAGAUGCUGGGGAAUAUUCCACAGACAGCAUGACAGCUUCAUCCUUCCCUGACAAGAUGUCCCCUAUUAAAGCUCUCACCAUGAAGGACUAUGAGAAUCAAAUCACAGCUCUAAAGAAAGAGAACUUUAACCUCAAGUUGCGCAUUUACUUCAUGGAAGAACGCAUGCAACAGAAAUGUGAUGACUCUACUGAGGACAUAUUCAAAAUGAACAUUGAGCUGAAGGUGGAGUUGGAGUCUAUGAAGAGGGAACUGGCAGAGAAACAGGAGCUACUAGUGUCUGCGUCGAAAGCAUUAGAGAGUCUGGCUGGUCGAGGAUCAGGAGACUCUCAUCGUGUGAGAGAGCAAGCUCAGAGAGAAAUGGAUGAAAUUCGAGAUGCAUUCAACAGAAGGAUAGUUGACCUAGAACAGUGUCUGCGAAUAGCUGAGGAAGAGGUUGAGAAGAUGGCAGCCAUUGCUGAGCAGGAGAAGCGUAAGAAUAUUAACAUGGAAAAGCAGCUCCAAGCCCUGGGCCCAUCGAGCACCUUUAACUCUGUACCUGUCGCCAGCCCAGUCCAUGACCUUCAGCAGGCCCUGCAGGAGAAAGACGAUAUCAUUGAGCAGCUCAAGAUCACUUUAAAGAACCAGGAAUCUGUGACCCAUCAGUGUAACAAUACUGACCAAAGGACAGAUUCUCCACCAGCUGACCAUGUUAAGCAACUGUCAGAUCUCAUCACCAAGAAAGAUCAGGAACUUGAGGCAUUGAGGGAUGAGCUACAUAGAGAGAAGGGCAAAACACAACCAGGCCAACAGAAAAAUGAGAUUAAUCAGUUGGAGUCCUGCAAUAAGCUGCUCACUGAAGAAGUCACACAGACAAAAAGCAUCAAUGACAACCUGGCAAAAACACUGGCGGAUACCCAGAAUCAGAACAAGACCCUGUCAGAGAAGUUAGAAGGGAAGGAAAAUGAACUCAGUAUAGAGAGGAAAAAUGCUCUGAAGAGAGACAAAACAAUCCAGGGUCUGACUCAGGUCCUCAGAGAAAAGGAAAAAGAGAUUGCAGAGCUGUGUCAUGAGAUUGAGGACAGGGAUAAUGCUUUGGCCAAGGCUAGAGAGGCAGCACAUAAAGCCCAACUACAGAAAUACCAGGGAGUAGAGGAGCACCAAAACCUGUUAAUGGCAAAGCAAACAGAGCUGGCUCAACUCCAGGGAGAACACCAUGCCAAACUGCUUGAAGCUCAAAAACUACAGCGUGCUGUGGGCAGGAAGGAGCAGGACCUGGCUGACUUGCAGCAGGCAAAGGACCAGCUAGAGUUGGAACUGGAGGACAUGCAACAGCAGAAGAAGAAAGGGGACAAGGCCCUUAGUGAUCUGAACAAUCAGCUGAAGAAGCUGAAUGAUGAGAUCGGGGAGAGAGAGAGUGCAGUGGAGCAGAAAUACCAGGAGCUGUUGGAUCAAACAAAAAGAAAACUGCAGGCACACGAGGUCAUCAUCCAGCGGCUCACAUCUACCUUGGCAGAUAAAGAGCAGCAGCUACAGGAGUACAUGAACAUGGCCAGAGACUUUGAGCAAAGCAAAAGCCCAGGAGGAAAUGAUAACAUGCUGUCUAAGCUGCGACAAAGGCUGAAAGAAAAGGAGAAGGCACUGGAGCAAGCGCUGGAUGAGAAGUUUGCUGCCAUUGAGGAGAAAGACAAUGAGAUACACCAGCUGCAGCUGUCUCUAAGAGAGAAGGAAAGGGACCUGGAUAGGCUCAAUAACUUGCUCUCCCACAACGAAGGGACCAUCAAUAGUUUUGACAGUCUAAUCAAGGAAAAGGAUGUGGAGCUGCAGCAUCUUGCAAAUACUUUAAAAAACCUGCAGAGAGCCAAGCAAGAUGUAGAAGAUAACCUGAACAGAUCGCUAAGGGAGAAGGACUCCAUCAUCAGCCAGCUACAGCUCUCCCUGGAGGGCAAGACAAAGGACAUGGAGGAAAUGGCAGAAUCGAUGCUUAGCCAGUCACAGACUCAUGCACGUGACCUUGCUGAACAGAUGGGCCACAGGUUAAAGGUCACAGAGGCUAUGUUGGCUGAAGCUGUGAAAGCCAGGGAAAAGCUGGUUGCUGACAAUGAGAGUGCUGUGGAAGGACUAUUGGCUACAAUUAGCAGCAAGGACCAACUUCUCAAGGAGGCUGCAGAGCACUACAACCGCAUGCUGUCUGAGCGUACUCAAGGGAUCCAGGAACUAAAGAAACAGCUGUCUGAUAGGCAGCAGCAGCUCACCACUGCUGAGAAGCAGUGCUCCACAACAACCCAAGAGGGUUAUUUAGAAACUGCAGAGCUCAGGGCUAUGCUUGCUGAAAAAGACAGCCUCAUCAAUAAGCUUCUACAGUGUGGUCAAGAAAGGGACCAGUUUCUGCCAGACAUGAGGCAAAAGGAGGACUCUGAUCAUGUGUUGGAGCUCAGACAAACUAUCCAGAUCAUGCAGGAGAAGUUGGAUGAGAGAGAUGCCAAGCUGUCCAGGAAGAACAGUGAGGAAAAUGUUCCACUGUCCAAGAAGACAGUCGUCAUAUUGAAGAAGGAGCUAGCAGAGAAAACCGAGGAACUGAACAAAGCUCUGAAGAGGGAGAAUGAACUGAAGAUUUCAUUGGCAGAGCUAAAGUCAUUGCUAUCUGAGCUGGAGGGUCGCAGUGAAGGUCAGGCUGCUAAUAUUGAGUCGCUGACUGCCACUCUGAAAACUAAAGAUGAGAUUAUCAAUGUUCUCCACCAGCGCCUUGGUCAGAAAGGGGACAGUCAUGCUGACCAUAUGCAGGAUCAGGUCAUUGGCUCUGGAAUGGAGAGGUCACUACCUGGGCUCCCACAAAGAGAAAGAACAAUGAUUGGUGGAGACAGUCAGCAAGAAGCUUUGCCCAACCUUAUAGCCUUGCAACAAGAGCGUAAUGCGCUGAACAAAGCUCUGAGAGCUGAACAGCAACUUUACUCCAGCCUGGUUAGAACUGUAAAAGAGCCAGACAGUGUCCAGUGUGUCCAUGCUCUGCAGCUGCAGCUGGCGGCAGUGCAACUCCUCAGGCAGCAGCUAGAGAAGAACAUCAAAACUAAUGAGGAGCUACGAGAUGAAUUGGAGAGAGAGAUGCACAGAGUCAAACUCAGAGAAGGUAAGGAUCUCAUUGAUCCUAAAGAAGUUGAGAGCAUAAGGCAUCAGCUUGAAGAUGCACAGCGCUGGAAUGCCUCUCUGCAGGCUCGCUUAGGAGCCAUCCAGAACCGUGGAGGAGGGGUUGGUGGAACCAGUGAUGGUGGUGACACUUUGAGUUUUAUUGGUGAUCAGACUUCCUACAUGAGUAUAUGUGUGGAAGAGGGGCACGAUAACAGCUUGUCUCUUUUCUCUCCACAAGAGCUCAAACAGAAGGUGCUAGAGCUGCAGGACUCUGUCAGCAGACUGCAGGCAUUAAAUGGCGAGCUGCAGAGCCGACUGACACUAUUGCAGAUGUCAGAGCAUGACUCUUACAACAAGGAAGACAAAGAAGUGGCCAGCAGUAGCCCUUGUAAAAAGCAGCUAGAGAAGAUGCAGGAGACACAGCUUUUGAUUCACAGUAACAAGACGCACCCCUCCAGUCAGGACAAAGAGAGCCAGACAGACAUCAAGCAGAUGGUGUUUGGAAAGCUGUUGGAUGAUGAGAACAUGGACAGUGGCCUUGGCCAGAGUAGAGAGCACACUCAGUCUGGCAACAACUCGAUAGAGACUGGAGAGGGAGAUUCUAGGGAGAAGAACAUAGAUGUAAUGGCACUUAAAUCUUUGCUGACUGACUGGGGGGCCACAUCAGUUUUGCACCUUAGAGAGCAGCUGCUCAGGCUUAAAUCGGAGAAUGCGGAGCUGCGGGGUCUCCUUAAAGAACAAACUUCUACUGAGUGCAAAGAAAAAGAGAACAUAGAUGCUUCAGGAAACAGCACUGAGGAACAGGCUGAAUUGAAACAGAGCAUGGAAACACUGCAGUCUGAGUCAAAAGGUCACUCUAAGGUCAUCAGGCUGCUAAACGAAAGCAGAGAGAAGAUGUCUAAUGAGGAGUCAGAAGGAGAGACCCCUGUCACUUCUGAGUUAAUUGUCAGCACCACAGAGGUGAUUGAAAGUUCACAAAGUAAAGGCCAGUCACACAGCAAGAGGGCAAAGCAUCAUGUUGCAAGACAUGGGGUUGGGGUCAAAUCUCGCCUCCCUGUCCCUGUGAGGCUGAGAGUCGGAACUAGCAGCAGCAGCAGCAGCAGCAGGCCUUCUGAUGAUAACUCUCACCCUCUGAAAACUGACACACUUCAGCGCCUGCAUUUGGAUGGUGUCUGUGGGUCUGACCAACAACUUCAUGCAGAAUGUGACUCCCCCAUGUCACUCCAGCAAAGCACUUCCCCUUCUUCCACACUCAGAUAUGCACAUUGCAGUGGCAGUUCAGUAGGGUCGAACGAGGGCAGUGAAGCCGGAGACACACUGGAUCACAUCCAGGCUGACUCUGCUCUUUUCACUCAGCUGGAGCUCCUCCACCAGGAGUGCCAGGAGAAGGAGGCCCUGAUCAACAAGCUCACUGAGCAGCUUGAAGAGCUCCAUGCUCAGCUACAGGAGAAAGAACAACUUAAUAUCCAGUAUGUGGAGGCCUUAGAGGCUGCACAGUCCACUAUUGCUUACUUGACUGCCUGCAGUCUGGAGAGCCAAGGAGGAUUUGGGUCACACAUCAGUUUGGGCACAGGCUCUGGCUCUGUGGGUUUAGAUGCCGCCCUCCACAGUAGAUGCAUGGAGCUACAGAAAACCCUGCAGGAAAAGGAGGAACGCAACAACCAGCUUAUAGAGCUUCUGAACAUGGCAGAGCACGCCAUCUCCUCCUCUGACAGCCAUGGAAAGAAUCCAGAAAUCACUGGUCUUUGCUUAAAGAUAAAGGACACCUUAAAGCAGGUGAAUGCGUCCUUAAAUAGAGCGAGCACAAGAAGUGUUUUUGGAAACACUGAGGACUCUGUGCAGGAGUUGCAACGACAUGCAGACUCUUUACAGGAAGCACUUUGGGAGCAGAACAGGCUUAAUGCAGAGCUGCAGGAAAAACUGAGAGCUGCAGAUGCUGCUGUAAAACAGGGCUCCAACAGUAACAGUGCUGGUCAGAAUGAUAAAUGUUCAAGACUGAUAGCAGCAGAAAAGGAGUCAAAGGAAGGAGUAUGGGGCUUUGAUAAUACCAGUUUGAAUCGGGAGAUGACUGCAGUUCUGAUGAACUGCCUUAGUGCAGCAGAGACUGCCAUUGCCUCUUUGACAGCACACUGUUCACAUACUGGCUCCUUGUCUUCUGCUAGAUCAUCACAAAUCAGCCCUGAUCUACAGAUGAAUUUAGACAGACUUCAGGCAGCCCUGCAAGAGAGAGAGGAAUUGAGAGGACAUAUUCAGCCAGCCACCAAAUCUGGCAGCAGUCAAUCCACCACUUCAGCUGGUACAAAAAGACAACUUGACCCAGAGCUUCAUCAAAAUCUCUGUCUCCUCUACAAGAUUUUCAGUGAUCUCUCCCAGAGGAUUUCUGAACUGCAGGUUUCCCUCCAAGAAGAGAGGAGCCAUAGACAGGAGAGUGAGGCCCACAGGACAGUGCAGGAUGGAAAGGCGCUGCCUUCAAGUGUUCAGGUCCAACUAGAGACUCUCCAUAAAGCCCUGAGGGAGAAGAAGAAAGCAUGUAAAAGCCUGGAGGAGAAACUGGCCACUGCUCUUACUAAGACACCCUCUCUUGAAACUGCACACAAAACUCUGGAGCAGGAUGACAAAGGCGUGCAGGUGGAUUUGCAGGACCUGGGUUACGAAACCAGUGGCAAGAGUGAGAACGAUAGGGAAGAGAGCAGUAGCACAGACAUAGAGGUUGGUGUGAAGCCUAGUUGCAGCGCCUCUAGCCUGCCUUCCCUGCUGAAACAUGAACAGGCCACUUUCUCAUCUACUGAAAACCUGGACUCAACCUCCAGCACCCCAUAUCCGAGUUCUCCAGCUCUGAGCUCAGCCAAGGUCAGUUUGAAAGGCCUGCAGGUCUUUGAUGAGUAUGGGGUGUCUGAGGACCCUCUCCAGCUUCAGGCACAAGUCAGAGAGCUGAAGGUCCAGCUAGAAAACCAGACCAAACUCAUCCAACAAAUGCAAAAUGUUCUACGUAGAAACUCCCUCUUCAGUGACCUUGUUCCCAACACUUCUGACCCAUCCAUUGUCAAGGAUCAAGGGACACAGAAGCAGGACCAUAGCCGAGAUAGAAGCUACAGAACUGAGCAGCUGAGCGAGAAAAAGGAGGGAGAGACCCAGGCGAUUAAGUCUAAAACCAGCCAUGUAAAUAUGGAUGUGGAAAGAGAGAGGACGCCGAACAGAAGCAUGAGUGAACAGCUGCAGCAGACCUGUAGUCGCUCUACAUCACCUGCAAGACUGGACUCCCUAGUGCAGUCACAGGCCAGGGAGCUAUCACAACUGAGACAGCAGAUCAAGGAGAGCCGCAGGCUGGGAGCCCUGCAGCGUCGACAGCUGGAGGAGCUGAACAAGGCGUUUAAGGAGCUGCUACAGGACAGUAAAGUCGACCACUACAUGGGAGAGGUGGUCAGAGAGCAGCUGGACAAGAGCCUGAGCCUUGUGGACAGGCUGGAGGGACGGCUGGACAAAAGUAGCUGUGAUGGAGAACCUCAUCUGGAUAAUGAGAGUGUGGCGGCUCUGGAACUGUCUCGCAGGUUAGCUAAAGAGCUGCAAGAGAAAAACCAUCUGAUCCAGAGCCUGCAGAGCCAGUUAAGAGGUCAAAGUCCCAGCAGCCACCACAGCUCUCACUCUGAUCUGUACUACUCGGACAGGACUGCCUCCUUCUGCCACAGCAGUGCCGCCACACAAGGUGCUAGUCAAGCUCACGGCCAGCAACCCCCCACUGUUUGGACGGGAGCAGCUGUCUCUCCUGUAGGAGGAGCUCAGGAGGAAAGUGCAUCUGGUCACAGGGACACUGCCAGCAGACUGCAAGGCCUGCAGAGGGAGAACGGACGACUGCAGGAGCAGCUGAGGAGCAGCGAGGAGCUCAACGCCAACCUACGCAGUGAACUGGACCUGCAUCGCUCAAUUAUGGCCCAGGCGAGCUCCGACCAUCAGGAACAGGGUCAGAACCAUGACCAGGAGGGGUCAGGGCCUCAGAUGGAAGCGCAUGAAGGAGAGACAGACAUCAGCUCACAAAAGAAUGCUGCUGAACAGCCUCACACAAUGAAUUCAGAUGUACUGGCAGAACAUCUACAAGAGAUCCGAGCUUUGCGACAGCGCCUGGAGGAGAGCAUUCGUACAAACGACCGUCUCAGGGAACAGCUGGAGAAGAGACUCUCGGAGGUGGAGAAGGACCCAGCAGCUACCAACAUCUUCAUCCAUGGCAGUGAGGAGCAGGGUCAUCUGGCCAAUGAGAUGAGACUCCUCUGGGUACAAAACCAAGCACUGAAGGAACAGCUCAACUUGGUGUCUAGAGACAAGCAGAAGGAGAAUGAGAAGCUACAGGAGACUCUGGCCAGGCGGACGGCCAAACUGGAGCAGAGCAGGAAGGAGUGUGAAGUUCUGAGGCAGGAAAACAACCGACUGCAGGAGAGGCUGGAGCAGAGCAGCCAAGAAAAGUCACAACUGCAGGAUUCACUGCACUACAGCAAAGAGGAGCUGCACAGGCUGGAGUAUGAGGUGAAGCUCCAGAGGCAGCAGCUGUCUGACUCCCAGCAUCUCCUCCAGUCACUGAGGGUGGAGCUGCAAGUUUAUGAAAAGAUGAAGACAAAAGAUCAGAAACACAAAGAAUCCAGUGAGACGACCCAGGAGCCUGUCCCCACCCCUUCCUCCGGCUCCGUGGACCUAGGUGAGCUCCUGUCAGAGAUCAGGCACCUGAGGCUGCAGCUGGAGAGAAGCAUCCAGACCAACACGGCACUGCGACAGAGACUGGAGGAGCAGCUGUUCAGAGGAGCCAACCGCUCUGAAACCAUUAACAUCAACUACCUGCUGUCCUCUCCAGAUGAAGGGGGCAGGUCCCUGAGUCGUGAAGGCUGUGAUUCUCAGCGUUACUCAUUUCAGUCUUACAGUAAACACAUCGGUGUCCACCAUGAUGAGAAACGUCAUGCUGCUUCAGAGGAGGAUGGUGGCUCAGUCAGCAGCAGCUCUGGUGACAGCAUUUCUGGUGCUCCCUCUCGCCUGGUGCCGGGCCACCGGAUGUGGGCCAGUCGCAGCGGUCGCCACAUUUUGGGCCUGAUUGAGGACUACAGCGCCCUCCGCAAGCAGAUCUCAGAGGGUCGUAAGCUGUCACGCAGCAUGGACACACAACUGCAGGAGUGUCUGCACACACUCAGACUGCAGGGCUCUGACAACAAGAGCCAUUGUGUAAUGGACCAGCAGCAUGUGAAGAAUCUGUCGAGCAGCGUGAACACAAUGCAGCAGGUGUUGGAAGAGGCCGCUCGCCUGCUCAAGCUGCUGUGGAGAGUCUCUUUGCCAGCUGGAAACACAGCAGGGCACAGCAGCAGCAUCCAGCAGGACGAGCUGCUGAAAAAUGAGAUAGCCAGACUGAAGAGCCAGCUGUCGCAGCAGGAGAAGCUGCUGAGUGGAGCCGUCAAACGCCUCCGCACCACUAACCAGCUCAAAGAGGGAAUGGAGAGGGUCAUCAUCGAUCAGUUGUCUUUAACUCACGGAGUGUUGAAGAAGGCCAGGGGCAAUUUAGAGACAAAUUACUGUGCCCUCUAUGGCCUGAAAGGCCUGUGUGGAGGACCAGACGAAGGAGGUCCCAGUCGGUGGCCAGUAGGGCACACCACAGACGCUCAGCCUGAGCAGAGGCCUGCUCCUGUUCGUAGACGGGCCACAGACUCAGAGGAUCACAACAGUGACAACUCUUUGUACUGACCCUACUAAAUCAGCUGUUUCAAUGCCCUACACUGCUUUUGAUAAUGUAGGUACCCAAUGUUCAUUCUGUCCAGCUGUGAAACUGUCACCUUAAUCUCCAGGUAGCAAAGCCUUUUUGUACUAUAACUGCACAAAUCCUGCCUAAGAAUUUGAUUCAUUUUAGGUACUGAGUUUGUUAAAGUUUAUUUUUUAAAGAAGAGCCUUUGUAAAUUUCUGCAAUCUAAAUAUUUUUCCUCUUUUGAUAAUGCAUAAGAACAUGUAUUUUAUUAUCAGCUUACUGUUUUUACCUUUUCACCUGUCAGUUUGUAAUAGGAUGGUUCAGUGUGAUCAAAGAAUUAUGUGCAGAUGCAGUAAAAAAAAGUUUAAUGAUGAAACUAAUUGUGGUAUUUAAGUCCCUUUAUUAGCAUAUAGUUUUUUAAAAGUAUAAAUCUUGGCAGCUGCUUCAAAAUGCAAACAUGGGUAAGCACAGGUUUAAAAAAACAGCCAAACUCAAAUCAAGACCCAGAUAAAGUGAAGUAAAUUAGAAAAGGUCUAAGUUUUACAGAGGAAGACUUUCUGUUACCCAUUCAUGGAGAGAGAAUAGCCAAAAGGUCAAAUUUGUUAAUUAGCAUUUAAAACGUCUCUGGCCGUUACGCAUCAUCAGUGACCUAUAAAA